AUGUUGUCAAGAGCCUUUACAAAACCCAAAAGGAGUUUUAAAGAGUACGGUGAAAACAGCAGGUCGGGGUCCAUCUCCGAAUACGAUGAUUGCAUCGUAGGAUUUAUAGAUGACUUACCAUUAAUCCCUUGUGAAAACAAUGGGCCAUCACUGUCCCUGAAGGAGGUUUUGAGGACAUCGGUGAGUGUGAUGGGAGAGAACGCCAGGGGGUUGACUGAAAAAGUGGUGUUAUCCAAUGCUAGACUUUGCACCCUAAAGAGGUUCCGGAAGGUAAUAGUGAGGAAGAGUGAGUUCGGCAGGAGAGUGGAGAAGUUGGCUCAGAUUUGCAACAACUGCGACUACCUCGUUCCCAUCACUGCUUACUUAUAUGCCAAGAGGAUCAAGCUUGUUGUUUCGGAUUACUAUCCCAUGGGAAGCUUAGCUGACCUUCUUUCAGGUGGGAGGCGAGGCCAAACUGCCUUGAAUUGGAAUGAACGUGUGAUAAUAAUAGAAUCGAUUGCAAGAGCAAUAAGUUUCAUCCACGGACAAUCCCCAGAAACAGUAAAGAACAUGAAAAUGAACGUUCAUGGAAACAUAAAAUCCUCCAACAUCAUGAUAAACAUCGACCUCACCGCUCGGUUAUCAGAUUAUGGGUUUGUUCAGUUGGCCGACUGCGUCGAAGAUUGCGAUACCAAAGAAAAACACGCAACAACUCAUAAUAUUUACUGUGAGAAUUUGAGCCAAAAGAGUGAUGUUUUCAAUUUCGGGAUGGUGUUACUGGACAUGCUAGCGGGUGUGCAGGACCUAAGUUACAUGGACUGCAUAGUUAAACUGGAGGAAAGCAUAAAACAGGGGGACAUUCCAUUCUUCGAGUUUCAUAUGAAAGGGAAAGAACGGAAGCAAGCUUUGAAGGUAUUGGAGAUUGCUUUGGCAUGCACCAGCAGCUUGCCAGAGACAAGGCCGUCCAUUCACCAAAUCCUCUUUGAUCUUACUCAUCUUCUGAAAACUUCCAAGUAG